CUGAGGACUUGUCAGAGGACGUUAGUGAAUGAACUCAUGAAGGGUGGCAUAAAUUGCGGGGAGGAAGAAAUGAAUCUCUGAUGAGCAGGCCCAUGAUAGGACAGCUGGAUGAAGCCACCGGUCCCCAGAUACCUAGGGCAACGGCUUCAUGACACUGUGUCCUGAACGGAGCCCCUCAUUUCACACUCCAGGCCAUGAGGAAUCGAAGCCUCUGCACUUACAGACAGAAAGCUGGGAUCGGAACUACGUCCCUUGGCACGCGCAGCUACCCUGAGGCCAAGCCUGCGAGAACACAACUCGCUGACAGCCCUCGCCGUGGAGGGAGGACACGCCGGCGACGCGCCAGCCAGCCAGCCAGCCAGCCAGGAGAAGCCGAGAUGGACGUUCCCAAGGAGAAUGACAUUCUUCUCUUAGCUGAUGAAAAAUUUGACUUCGAUCUUUCAUUGUCUUCUUCAAGUGCAAAUGAAGAUGAUGAAGUCUUCUUUGGACCCCUUGGCCAUAAAGAAAGAUGCGUUGCUGCCAGCUUGGAAUUAAAUCAUCACAUUCCCGAAGAGCCUCUUGUGCCAGCCUCGGAAAGUCACUUCAUCUGGAGUCCUCUCCCUGGGGAGAAAUUUGUGGAAGUGUAUAAAGAAGCUCACUUAUUGGCCUUACAGAUAGAAAGCAAGAGCAAAAACAAGGCAGCCCAAGAUGUCACAGCUGAAGACCUUUGGAGCCAGGGCGUGGAGAGAUUUAUACAGGAAUCAAAGUUAAAAAUAAGCCUAUUUGAGAAAGAAAAUGAAAUGAAGAAAAGCCCCAAGUCACUUAAGAGGGAGACCUAUUACCUGUCAGACAGCCCCUUGAGGGACCCGCCACUUCAGGGAACCCAGACACCCUCGGGCAUGGUCCUGCCAAGCGCUCCCGCCCAGACACAGGGGCGGCCACACUCACCCCACUCUUCUUUGCCAGUGGAACCAAGUACUGCUCACCCUCCAAACCAGGCAGGGACUCAGAAAAAGGUCAUCAGCAAAUUGGUGCGGCCCCGAGCUUUUUCUGUGAGAGGGAAAAACAUUCAUGUGGCCGCGGAGCAGAACCCAGAGCUGAUCCGAGCUCAAAGCUUGUCUGCCACACUGAAGCCUGAACAGGAGCCUAGGAAAAGGAUACCAGCCAGUCCUUCCAAUAUGAAAAUCCUCAAUGAAAAGGAAUCCCACAGGGAUGUGCCCCCUGACAAAUCCAGUGCCACCCGGGAGCUCGCUAGCUUGCCAGCUGGUGGGAGCCACUUGGUCCAAGGCAAGCGAUCUCUCCCUGUUCCAAACAAGUUGGGGCUGAAGAAAACACUGUUGAAACUGCCUGGUUGUGCUGGAGGUCUUUCAAGAAAGUUCUCUUCCUCUGGGUCCGUUUCGGCUGUGAUUUCCAGGGCGUGUGCUUCCCCAGCAGCCGGCAGAGCUAGAUCCAGUGAAACUGCAAGUGUUCCCACGGGCAGUUACCUGCCUCUGCAGGCAGGCCCUGUGGGUGCCUCCUGCAAGCAGAGCAAGUGGGCCACGGUGGCUGAGGUGAAGGUGGAGGCUGCCAAGGCGCCCACCCCAGCAGCUCUUGCCCAAGCCCGGACACCAGAACAGGGAGGCCCGGGGCGGAGCUCCAGCUCCAUCUGGUCCCAGCCCUCUCAGUUGAAUACAGCCGGGAGUGUGAGAAGGCGUGACUCCUACCUACUCCGCAGGACGCAGGCCGUGCCCACCCCUACAAGUCAAUUUAAGAUCCCCAGGUUUGCUACUGGUGAGCCCCCGGACAGUGCGACGCCGAAGUCCUGCCGGGCCCAGAGACCGCAGUCCUGCACGUCGGCGGGGAGGGUUGUUGUCCAUAACACUCCUGCUAGACACUCAUCAGUGGCAGCCCCACAGAGCCUUGUAAGCAGUACGAGGACCCCCACGAGUACGAAGCACGUGUCAGCCCUGCCCACACCUGCCAGCCGUCGGCUCUCUGGCCUCCCAUUCAUGACCCCUAAAACCGUGCCCAGAGCUCUGGCUUCGCCUCUGUGUGUGCCUGCUCGGUGGCGUUCUUCUGAGCCGCAGAAAAAGUCUUCAGUGAGAGCUGCACCAACGAGGGAGACCCACAGCAAGGCUACCUCUAGGCGUGAGGACUCGUCUCCUGACGGGUCCCUUUCCCCUCUGUCGGCUGUACCACAGGCGCUUAACUUUUCUCCAGAAAAGACUGGCUUGACUCUUUCAGGAAGUAUCAGCACAGAAGUCGUGCUGGAUGCAGCCCAGCCACCUGGAGACACACCCACUAGUGAGGCUAUUCUCGUGGAUAUCAAACUGGACCAACUGGCCAUCACUCCAAAAGCUGAAAGCACAGCCCUCAUCGACAUCCCUCUCAUUGACUUUUGCAAUAGUCCAGAAGGACAUGUGGUUCUGGGAUCUGAGAGUAGACCUCUGAUCGACCUGCUGAUAAACACUCCAGACAUGAACAGAAACACUGCGUCCAAGCCUCCCCAGGAGGUGGGACAGCUGAUAGACUUGGCUUCUCCUCUGAUCCAGCUGAGUCCCGAGGCUGACAAGGAAAACAUGGAUUCUCCACUUCUCAAGUUCUGAGGAGAAUACAGUCCUUUUUGUGUUUCACUAUUUCUAAAAGAACUGUCAGUCCUAAGGUGGCUUUCAACCCUUAGAAAUAAAUCUUAGGAGAAGUUGUUUUGGGGGAAAAAACAACCCUCAGUGAAGGUCCCAUGCCUGGAGGGAGUGCUGCGGGACUGGGGGGUGUUUUGGGCCCCGAGGCCACUGGUGCCUGUCAGCUCCCCUCUGUGCUGCCCCGAGCACUGGGCUGGAGCGAGCACUGGGCUGGAGCGUGGAGUUGCAGUCGCUCCAGGUGAAGAAUUUUGAAUCUUUUGUAUGUAAAAUAGCAAGUGACUGUUUUUAAAAUUAAGUUUGUAUGAAAAGUUAAAUAAUUCUAGAUUUAAAUUAAAUUGUAAAAUAAAUGAAAAUGUAU